AUUGACAUCGAGACAUCAUGGCGAGCCUGGUCGCCAUCCUGGACAUGAAGGGCAAGUCCCUCAUCCAGAGGAACUAUCGCGACGACGUCCCGCCGUCGUGCGUGGACAAGUUUCUGCCCCUCAUCCUCGAGAUGGAAGAGGACAAUGUGCCGUUGACGCCGUGUUUCACCGACGAAGGCAUCAACUACAUGCACAUCCGGCACAACAAUCUGUAUCUCCUCGCGCUGUCGAAGCGCAACUCGAACGCGGCCGAGAUCAUUCUGUACCUCCACAAACUCGUGGCCGUGCUCACAGAGUAUUUCAAAGAGGUGGAGGAAGAGUCUAUCCGCGACAACUUUGUCAUCAUCUACGAGCUGCUCGACGAGAUGAUGGACUUUGGGCACCCGCAGACGACCGAGUCCAAGAUUCUGCAGGAAUACAUCACGCAGGAAUCGCACAAGCUCGAGGUGCAAGUGCGCCCGCCGAUGGCCGUGACCAACGCCGUGUCUUGGCGCUCAGAGGGCAUCCGAUACCGGAAAAACGAGGUGUUCCUGGACGUGGUGGAGAGCGUCAACAUGCUCGUGAAUGCGCAGGGCAACGUCGUGCGCUCCGAGAUCCUUGGCGCCGUCAAGAUGAAGUGCUACUUGUCCGGCAUGCCCGAGUUGCGUCUCGGCUUGAACGACAAGGUCAUGUUUGAGACGACGGGGCGCGCCGCGCGCGGCAAGAGCAUCGAGAUGGAAGACGUCAAGUUCCACCAGUGUGUGCGGCUCAGUCGCUUCGAGAACGACCGCACCAUCUCCUUCAUCCCCCCCGACGGCGAGUUCACGCUCAUGAGCUACCGCCUCAGCACGCCCGUCAAGCCGCUUAUUUGGGCCGAGGCGAGCGUCGAGACGUAUCGCGGGUCACGCAUCGAAUUUAUGGUAAAGGUCCGCGGACAGUUCAAGCGCCGGAGUACCGCCAACAACGUCAAGAUCUUUGUGCCAGUACCAGAGGACGCAGACAGCCCCAAGUUUAGAGCGGCGGCGGGAUCCGUAGUGUACAUGCCGGAGAAGAGCUGUUUCUGCUGGACUAUAAAAAACUUGAAAGGAGGAGCAGAACUGCUUAUGCGAGCACACUUUGGUUUGCCGUCCGUCACCUCAGGCGAGGUCGACGGCAAGAAGCCGCUCUCCAUUCAGUUCGAGAUUCCAUACUUUACGCUCAGCGGGAUCAACGUGCGCUACCUGAAGAUUGUGGACAAGACAGGCUACACUGCGCUCCCCUGGGUCCGGUACAUCACCGAGAGCGGGCAGGACUAUGUCCUGCGCACGAUCCACGACGCAAAGUCGAGCUCGAUCAUUGCGCCGUUGUAGAGGCUAGAGCGGGAGGCUGGGCGUCUAGUGUUUGUUAGAUAUCAUGCGACGAUAGUAGGCUCGUAGGGUGUGCUUGAAGGGAGCUGCAUCGAGCUACCUUUGGCGGUACAUUGGGGCUUGGGC